AAUAACUUUGACUUCAUCUUUCCGCACAAAGCUCGAAUCUUGUUGGCUACUGAAUACGUAAAACAAUUUCUGGUGAUUCACAGAAUCAAAAACUCCCGAACAUACACGCCUUUGCUCGACUCCUCACUCCCUCCCUCCCCCGGCUUCAGGUAUCGAUUUUGGGGAAUUGAAUUUAGGCGGUUGUGUAUAAGAGCUGAGAAAUUAAGCGAUGUCGGAGAAGUUUUCGCCGACUCUCAGAAUCGGAGAUCUCAGCGAUUUCAUAGCUCCGUCUCAAGCCUGCGUUGUUUCUCUUAAAGGACUCAGAGCAACCCCUAACAAGCCUGAGCCUCAGGUGAGGGUUUCAACUGUUAAGAGUCAGCAAUCUGAACCAGUAAAAAUUUCGCUUAAGGACUGCUUGGCAUGCAGCGGCUGCAUAACCUCAGCAGAGACUGUAAUGCUUGAGAAGCAAAGCUUAGAUGAAUUCCUUUCCAAUAUUAAUAAAGGGAAGGCUAUUAUUGUAUCCCUCUCUCCUCAGUCAAGGGCCUCGCUUGCAGCUUACUUUGGCAUCCCUCCACUACAGGUUUUCAAGAAACUCACAACUUUUUUAAAGUCCUUGGGAGUAAAGGCUGUGUUUGAUACUAGUUGUAGUAGAGACUUAGCACUGAUUGAAACUUGUAAUGAGUUCAUUUCUCGAUUUAAACAAAGCCAAGCAGCUGAUGACGCGAAAACUAAAUCCUCACUUCCAAUGCUCUCCUCAUCAUGCCCAGGUUGGAUAUGCUAUGCUGAAAAACAACUUGGAUCCUAUAUCUUACCGUACAUAUCAUCAGUGAAGAGUCCUCAGCAAUCAAUGGGAGCUACUGUUAAGCAUCAUGUAUGUCAAACAAUGGGUUUCAGGCCGGAGGAGGUUUACCAUGUAACUGUGAUGCCAUGUUAUGACAAGAAGCUUGAGGCUGCCAGGGGGGACUUUGUUUCUGAGGUGGGAUCUGAUGAUGGAAGCCAUGCAAAUGAAGGUGUUUGUAUCACAGAGGUUGACUCAGUCUUGACAUCUGGAGAACUUUUAGAUUUGAUACAGUUGAAAGAAGUUGAUUUUAAAGCCUUGGAAGAGUCGCCUCUAGAUAGAAUCUUGACAAAUGUGGAUGAUGAAGGACAUCUUUAUGGGGUCUCUGGAGGCUCUGGUGGUUAUGCGGAAACCGUUUUCCGAUAUGCUGCAAAAGUUCUCUUUGGAAGAGAAAUUGAUGGCCCACUGGACUUUAGAAUUAUAAGAAAUUCUGAUUUCCAAGAAUUGACUCUAGAAGUGGAGGGUAGAACUGUGCUGAAAUUUGCCCUAUGUUAUGGCUUCCAAAACCUGCAAAACAUUGUCAGGAAAGUUAAAACACGGAAAUGUGAUUAUCAAUAUGUGGAGGUCAUGGCAUGUCCUUCAGGUUGUUUGAAUGGUGGAGGUCAAAUCAAGCCCAAGCCAGGACAAUCUCCAAAGGAUUUAAUCAAAUCAUUGGAAGCCAUUUACAUGGAAAAUAUUUUGGAAGCUGAUCCUUUUAAGAACCCUGUGGUGAAAGGCUUGUAUGAUGAGUGGCUUGAGCACCCCGGUUCAGAAAAAGCUAAAAGGCACAUGCACACAGGAUACCACCCUGUUGUAAAAAGUAUCACAGCACAGUUGCACAAUUGGUAAAGACUCUCUAGCGUCUGGUCCUGUCCAACGUGGGAACUUCCGUUUGUUGUCUCUCCAUGAGUUUCAUGUUCUCAGCUGUGACACAUCUCUGCCGGUCUUUUGCUCAUCUGAAAAUUGCAUUUGCCAGGAGGCCAAUUUUGAUAGAGUAAAGAGAGAAUUUGUUUUGAAGAAAAUUGUUUUAUCAUCACAUAGUUAUCUUAUGUAUAUGCUCAGAACUAGACAUUAGUUAGACGAAAAAGAAAGAAUUAAUUUAUGCUCGUACUUUCCUUUUCCCCCCUUGAUAGUAGCCUCAGUUUAUUCUUUUUGGUCCAAAUAAAGUCCCCUUUGGUAUUGUACAUGUUCUUCUUUUAUUUGAUUCAAAACAUGCUAUUCUUGUUUUCUGUAUAAUCAAACAGGUUUGGGUGCUGCCCCCACUGUUACAAUGUUUUUCACAUGUAAGAAUUCUUACUUAAUGGAGGAAAGUGACAAAAUUCAUGUCUUCGCUUUAA